GCGUCCGUGGCAGCAUCCACUCACUCUUUUACUACUGCCUGAGAUGUGACUCCACGCCGCUCGUUCGCUCGCUGGAAUAUCACCCUGCCGUGACAAGUGACGGAUUUUACGCGCACGCCACGCCGUCCGGUUUUCCAAAAUCAAGGGGACACCGCGGCAGCGGCCAAUGCCUUUUACCAUGACUGUGGGAUUAAUAACGAUUUUGUGUGCUGUAACGGCCGUUUUCGCGAUGGAAGAAACAUUAAUGGACACCCGGACCGCCACAGCAGAGCUCGGCUGGACGGCGUACCCUUCGUCAGGGUGGGAGGAAGUAAGCGGCUAUGACGAGAACCUCAACACCAUCCGAACGUACCAGGUGUGCAACGUCUUUGAGUCCAACCAGAACAAUUGGCUGCUCACCACCUUCAUCGCUCGACGCGGCGCUCAGCGCAUCUACGUGGAGAUGCGUUUCACCGUCCGAGACUGCAGCAGCAUCCCGCGGGUGCCUGGAUCCUGUAAGGAGACCUUUAACCUUUACUACUACGAAACAGACUCCGUCAUCGCCACCAAGGGUACGGCGUUCUGGAUGGAGGCUCCGUAUUUGAAGGUAGACACCAUUGCAGCGGAUGAGAGCUUCUCGCAGGUGGAUUUUGGUGGUAGGUUAAUGAAAGUGAACACGGAGGUGCGGAGCUUUGGGCCGUUGUCAAAAAACGGCUUUUAUUUGGCGUUUCAGGACUAUGGCGCAUGCAUGUCACUGCUGUCCGUGCGUGUGUUUUAUAAGAAAUGCCCAAGCGUGGUGCAGAACUUUGCGAUAUUUCCGGAAACCAUGACCGGGGCGGAGAGCACCUCGCUGGUGAUCGCUCGCGGGAUGUGCAUCCCGAAUUCAGAGGAAGUGGACGUACCGAUUAAGUUGUACUGUAAUGGUGACGGGGAUUGGAUGGUUCCAAUUGGGAGCUGCACCUGCAAAGCCGGAUUCGAACCGGAUAACGGGAACGUCUGUCGAGCUUGUCCUCCAGGAACGUUCAAGUCCAGUCAGGGGACGGGUUUGUGUCUUCAGUGUCCGUCCAACAGCAGGUCCACGUCUGAGGCGGCCACUAUCUGCGUCUGCAGGAACGGCUACUACAGAGCAGACGGAGAGCAGCCAGACAUGCCCUGCACUAGUGUUCCUUCUGGACCAAGAAACGUCAUCUCCAUUGUGAACGAGACCUCUGUGACUCUGGAGUGGCACUCUCCGCGUGAGACGGGCGGCCGUGACGAUGUCGUGUACAAUAUCAUUUGUAAGAAAUGUCAGACGGACCGCCGUACCUGCUCCCAUUGCGACGAUAACGUGGAAUUUCAACCCCGGCAGCUGGGACUGACCGAAUCCAGAGUCUUCAUCAGUAACCUGCUGGCACACACUCUCUACACCUUUGAGAUCCAGGCGGUCAACGGUGUCACCAACAAGAGCCCGUAUCCUGCCCAACACGUCUCCAUAGACAUCACAACCAACCAAGCUGCUCCGUCCAUUGUUCCCAUAAUGCAUCAGGUCAGUUCGACGAUGAAAAGCAUCACGUUGUCAUGGCCACAGCCUGAACAGCCCAAUGGAAUUAUUCUCGAUUACGAGCUGCGCUACUAUGAGAAGGAGCUGUCUGAGGUGAACUCCACGCAGGUGAGGAGUCAGACGAACACGGCUCGUGUGGAUGGAUUACGGCCGGGCACCAUGUACGUGAUGCAGGUUCGCGCCAGGACGGUUGCCGGUUUCGGCAAAUACAGCAGCAAAAUGUGCUUCCAAACCCUCACAGAUGACGACUAUAAAUCAGAGCUGAGGGAGCAGUUGCCGCUGAUUGCGGGCUCAGCCGCGGCUGGAGUGGUCUUCAUCGUGUCUCUGGUGGCCAUAUCUAUAGUCUGUAGCAGGAAACGAGCUUACAAUAAGGAGGCCGUGUACAGUGACAAACUCCAGCACUACAGCACCGGAAGAGAACUCACUUUGAGGCCGGAUCUGUCCAACUGCCACACGCCCAUGGGCUGCCCGACCCUGCCGGGUUCUCCGGGGAUGAAGAUCUACAUCGACCCCUUCACCUACGAAGAUCCUAAUGAAGCCGUCAGAGAAUUCGCCAAGGAAAUAGACGUCUCCACUGUCAAGAUUGAAGAAGUUAUUGGGGCAGGUGAGUUUGGGGAGGUGUAUAAAGGUCGACUGAAACUGCCUGGAAAACGAGAGAUCUACGUGGCCAUCAAAACACUGAAGGCAGGCUAUUCUGAGAAGCAGAGGCGCGACUUCCUGUCUGAGGCAUCGAUCAUGGGGCAGUUUGACCACCCCAACAUCAUCCGCCUGGAGGGUGUGGUCACCAAGAGCCGACCGGUCAUGAUCGUCACAGAGUUCAUGGAGAACGGGGCGCUCGACUCCUUCCUUAGGCAAAACGAUGGGCAGUUCACAGUGAUCCAGUUGGUGGGGAUGUUGAGGGGAAUUGCCGCAGGGAUGAAGUACCUGUCGGAGAUGAAUUACGUCCACCGAGACCUGGCCGCCCGCAACAUCCUGGUCAACAGCAACCUUGUCUGCAAGGUGUCGGACUUCGGCCUGUCCCGUUAUCUGCAGGAAGACACCUCUGACCCCACCUACACCAGCUCACUGGGUGGAAAGAUCCCUGUGAGAUGGACCUCACCGGAAGCCAUCGCAUACAGGAAGUUCACCUCUGCCAGUGAUGUUUGGAGUUACGGUAUCGUCAUGUGGGAGGUGAUGUCUUUUGGUGAGAGGCCCUACUGGGACAUGAGCAACCAGGAUGUGAUCAAUGCUAUAGAGCAGGAUUACAGGCUGCCGCCCCCCAUGGACUGUCCCACUGCUCUCCACCAGCUGAUGCUCGACUGCUGGCAAAAAGAUCGGAACGCUCGGCCACGCUUCACGGAUAUCGUCAAUACGCUUGACAAACUCAUCCGCAACCCCACCAGCCUUAAAGCAGUUGCCAGCAUACCCACUAUUCCGUCCCAGCCGUUGUUGGACAGGUCCAUCCCAGAUUUCACCACCUUUAGUUCUGUAGAGGACUGGCUGGCUGCCGUCAAGAUGUCCCAGUACAGAGACAACUUCCUCAACUCUGGCUUCACGUCCCUACAGCUGGUCACCCAGAUGACUUCAGAGGACCUGUUGAGGAUAGGUGUGACUCUCGCCGGCCAUCAGAAGAAAAUCCUCAACAGCAUUCAGUCCAUGCACCUGCAGAUGUCCCAGUGCCAGACGGGCACGACGCUGGCAUGACUACAGGGGGCGCCGGACGACGGGCUGGGCAGCUUGCGGAAGAAUUACCAGCGGGUGAGCCCAAUCCCAUCGGAGCGCGCCAGAAUAGAGACUAUCAUCCUGAUCUGAGAACGUGUUUCAGGAGAGGAACCAUUAUCCCACAUCCAACAGACCAGAUCGGAACAGCACCGGCGGGACUCGUAGGACAUCUGUUAACCCGUCGGCUGUUUGUCUCUCCGGGCUACAUUUACAGGGAAACGCAAGAAGCGGACUCUUUUUGUCCUCUUCUCAUCAUUAGUUAGUUUACGAUGCUCAUCAAGACUAUUCCGAUUCCGAGACGUCACACAUCGUUUUCUACAAGGUUCUUUCGUUCUUCUUUUUUUUCCACUAUAAACCUUCUAUAGUCACUGCUUCCCACUUACACUACCUGUCGAUCUCGGUAUGGCUGACGUUGCCAAAGGACAUCCUGUGUAUGCCUGCGUCCCAUCCCUAGGCCAUACGAGCGUAAAUGAUGUAUAUCUUUAAAUAAAUACGAGUAUAUCUUCAGAGUAAACCUUCAUAUUGAAGGUGAAGUGUAACGGACCUGUAUGUAAAUACCCUCUUCUUCCGCUUGCAUUUUUGGCAAUGUUGCGCGUUGGACCAGAACGGCCAAUUCUGCAGGACACGAACUCGCUUACGUCAGUGUGACGCCACGAGAACAAUCUGGGAUGAACUCUGACUCUGUCGAUGUUGUGUAAAUAUCAGUUAGUUGUGUAUAAACUAGCGUUACAAAAGAUAUACUUUAGGUGAAAAAAGCUACGCAUUCAGGCCACUAAACAGUGUUUAUUGUAGGUGUUUCCACGCUGACGAGCACUUACGUGUACAGCUUUUCUUUCUUCCACCUCUUCUUCUUCUACUUCUACUUCUAGUCGUUCUUGUUAGUUUCGUGUCAGAGUGUUUGAAUGCGUCGACUAGCGUUGGGAGGGUGCGUCGUCAUCGCCUAAACUAGCUAGUACACUUAAAUGUAGUUCCACUGUUAAUAAGCUGUACUAAUGUUGGUCUUACAGGGUCUUUAAAACCGCUAAUCUGUUUCCAAGCACGUGUUUACAUGAUAAGCGAACGGAAAGGUCGCAGGCAGGAAACGAAGAGACUCGCGAAAGCGCUGCCCUUCACCGCUUUUAUCAGGCCGAGUCACUUUCUCGGCUCCAGAUGUUUGUGGAUGACAUUGCUAAAUGCGGUACAUGUUCUUUCGUGUCAUAAGCUCUCCAUUUAUUUGUGUGUGUGUCUGGAUCGAACAUCUGUGUGACCCUUUAUGAACAGAUGCCUAACGCCACCCCAUUGAGCACAUUCUACUUAAGCAGUCAACUAAGCACUGGGUAACACACACACACACACACACACGGUCUGUUGAUGGCUUUGGGCUGUUCCUUUUUGGUUGCCAUGGAGAAAUAGCAUCAGCUGAUUGAUCAUAAUAAUAAAAAUAAUAAUAAUUAUUAUAAUGAUUAUUAUUAUUGUUGUUGCUAUUGUUGUUGUUAACUUACCAUUAAUAUUUAAGCCUCAAAAUCCUUACGUUAAUUUUUAAAAUACUAAUAAUAGUAAUAAUAAUACUUAUAAUUAUUGUUAUUAUUAAUGUAGUGGACAGCUGAUGCUCUCACACUCACCUUAAGUGAUGUCUGACCAAUAACUCAUUAUUAAUAUUUAAGCCCCCAAAUCAUUACAUUAUUAAUAAUAAUGAUUAUUAUUAUUCAUAUUAUUAUUAUUAUUAUUAAUACUAGAAAUAAUAAUAACUAAUAAUAAUAAUAGUAAUAUUAAUAAUUAAGACCCAAAAUCAUGACAUUGUUAUUAGUAGUAGUAGUAGUAUUAAUAAUAAUAAUAAUAAUUAUUAUUAUUUAAACCCCACAAUCAUUACAUUAUUUAUUAUUAUUAUUAUUAGUAAUCAUAAUAAUAAUAUUAAUAAUAAUAAUAAUUAUAUAUAUAUAUAUAUAUAUAUAUAUAUGUAUGUAUGUAUUUAAGCCCCAUAAUCAUUACAUUAAUUAUUAUUAUUAUUAUUAUUAUUAUUAUUAUUAUUAUUGGUGACACUAUACAGUAAGGUCCAAAUUGUCAAUAUUAUAUUAAUGCAUUUUGUAUGUAUGGCCUAACAUUUUUAAAAUAUGUAUUAAUGUAGGUAAAUGUCAAUUUCUAAAACUACUAAAACAUUUUAACAUUUCAGGUUGUAUAAAUGAACAUAAACAUUGAAUAAACAUGAAUUUAUGAACCAUAAUGUAUUUAUUAAAUUAAUCUAGAUUAGUAGAUGCAUUAAUUUAUGUUAAUAAAUUAAACUUUAUUGUAAAGUGUUACAAAUAAUAAUAUUAGCAUUUUAUUUGCAUAUUAUUUAUUGCAUAUUAUACUAUUUAUUUGCACAUUUCAAAUACAAAAUACAGCUAAAAAUGCCUAAAAAAAUAUAAAACUGCAUUUAUAUUAAAAAAAAAAAAAGAAAAAAAAAAAAAAGAAAAAAAGCUUGUGAAGAAAUAUGAAUUUAAAUGUUAAAAAGCAAACUUAAAAAUAAAUAAAAAAAUAAAUUUGAAUGAUUGGGAGCUCAUCUAAUCAUUGUGUGCUGCAAAUAUGUAGCUUUUACGAUAAAAUCGCUUACAGCCUUCCUCAUUUGUGAGUUGCUUUGGAUAAUAUAGUCUUGUAAAUGAAUCAAUAUAAAAGUAAUUGUUCAAAUGUUCCAGCUUUUUGAGGUCAUAACGGCUAAAAGCAGCUCUACGGGAACUCAUAAGGUUUAGCGUUAAAGGACCCAAAUGUAAGAUUUAAAACAUAACGGUUUGUAGAGGUUAGCAGCUGUACCAUUCAUUCGCCUGAUGUGAAUGGUGUGUGUGUAAUGAAUAAGCCGCUACAUUGCUUGUAAGUUAAUGAGACUCAUGGUUUAUGGUUAUUCUCUACGAAUAACACACACACACAAUCCAUCAUGCAGAUAUACCCAAGGUGUUGCACCUAAUUGGCUACAAUGAAUUUCACCAUGGCAACCAAAGAGUGUAUUGGCUCUUUGUUAGGGAUGACACAGUUUUACAGCUUCUGCCAAGAGGCUUAUUCUUUUAGUGCACACACACACACACACACACUCACUCCUCAGCUGUAUUGCAUUAAAAAAAGUGAAUCUGUUCCUCCAUACGACGGUAGUAGCGAUAAUGUCUGGCUCUGUAAAUGUGUUAGCACACGAUGAAGACGUCUUCCCCUCUGCCUCUGCGUAAAGGAGCGGAGGCAGCUCAAUUAAUGAUCACAAAGUAUCCUCGGCGUGGCCCGCGUCCAGCUCGUUCGCGGCGGGGCGUAACCAAGCUGUCCGGCGUCCUGCCGUAUGGCCCAGCUGAAAAAUGGCUGACUUGCGCUCAUCGCCGUGGACACACUGGGGAGGGCGGAGCCUGCUGGGAUACCUGCGGGUGCAGCACACAGACUGAGGAGAGUGAUGAAUGAGCUGGAGUGAGAUGCAGAAUGAAAGAGAGAGCGAGAGAGAGACAGUAGAGAGUGCAGGAUGGGGAAAGAAGUAAGUGACAGACAUUAAAGAUUAGAGUAUUAAGUCAGCAUGAAAUUAAAAAUUGACUACAUGUUUCUUUCAACUUCUCCCCUCUAACCAGAGUUGUUCUUUAUUCUUUUCACAAUCAUGGUGGUUAAAAUUAAGUCCCAUCAUCAUAUCUUGUUUCAUUUAUAAUUACUGCAUAUCAAAGUGCAAUGGUUUGCAACUGGCAUUUCAUGUUGACUUCCAGGUGUAUUUUUGAGAGAGGGCUGAGAGAAUAUCAGUUUUAGAGCAAUAUGGGUUUUGGAAAAAGGAAAAAGCCAAUAUCCAGAACAGGGAGUUUUUUUUUUUUUUUUAAUUAACUCAUAAUAUAUAUUAUGCAUCAUUAUUAGCUAAAACCCUAGAUAUUGGCAUCUCUGCAGUAUAUACUACAGUUCAAAAGUUUGGGGUCACUAAGAUUUUAAGAAAUAAUACUGUUAUUCAACAAAGAUGCAUUUAAAGCAUCAAAAAUGACAGGUAAAAAUAAAAAAAAAAAUAAAAAAAAAAAUAUAUAUAUAUAUAUACUACAUGCAAUAUAUUUUUAUAAUGUAUAAUUUUUUUUGUGUAUAUAUAUAUAUGUUACCAUAAUAAAGUACAUGCAUUAUAAAUAAUACAUUGCAUAUAAAAUAUAUGCAACAAAUAUAUUACAUGCAAUAUAUUUUUAUAAUGCAUAUAUUGUAAAUUUAAUACAUAAAAUACAUGCGUUAUAAAUAAUAUAUUGCAUAUAAAACAUAUACAAUACAAUAUACUAUGUAUAUAUAUAUAUAUAUAUAUAUAUAUAUAUUGUAUUUUAUUAUAUAUAUAUAUAUAUAUAUACAAUAUAUGCAUCAUAAAAAAUAUAUUGCAUAUAAAACACAUGCAAAAUAAAUACAAUUAAUAGCAUUCAAAUCAAUUAUGUUUUUGUAGUUUAUAAUCAUCAAAGAAUCCUGGGAAAAAAUAUAUAUUGUGUAUCCACAAAAAGUAUUGAGCACAACACUUGUUUUUCAACACACAUAAAAAAUAAGAAACAUUUUUAAUCAGGAAAACAACAUAUUAAAUUCUAAAGGAUAUUAAUUUCUGAAGGAUCAUGUGACACUAAAGACUGGAGUAAUGAUGCUGAAUAUUUAGCUUUGCAUCACAGGAAUAAAUUACAUUUUAAAAUAUAUUAAAAUAUAAAACCGUUAUUUUAAAUAAUAAUAAUUAUUCACAAUAUCAUUUUCCUUUACAGUAUUUUUGAUCAAAUAAAUGCGGCCUUGAUGAGCAUAAGACUUUUAAAAAUAUUCCGAAAUCUUACAGACCCCAAACUUUUGUCCAGUGAAAAGCUUUAGAUUUUGUAACUGAUGCACAGAAGAUCUGCCAUUUCUGUUCAUUUCUGUUCAUGCGAAAUGGCCAAAUAAUCAGCCUGGUCAAUAUAUCCUUCCAUCGAUAGCUAUCCACCAUUUUCUUCAACGGGAAAGUAAGACUAUGGGCACAACUUCCGAUUCAUUAGCCGCUAUUGGGAAAUAAUGCAAAGAAUAACAUGCAGUAAACUGUAAAACUGUUUGCACUACAAACCAGUGUUCAUGAUUGAGAUAAAAUCAGCUGUUUUGUACAGAUAAAAAUAGUUGGAGGCAGCCGGAAGCCAGACCCAUAAAACAUACUAAUGGCUGCUUCACCAUUUGCACAGACUGAAGCUUGAUCAUAACGCACACGUACAACCAUACAGAUGUAGUAUAUGAUUUAUAUUUGAAUAUGUACAUGAACGCUAUCGUUUCUAUUGCGAAUGUGUUUCUUUUCUUAUUUUAACCUCUCGUUUUGCACACGUCCAACAACUCAAUGGAGGAUAAUCUUCAUCUCUUGCAAGGGUAUCCUCCUCUUCCUCCUCUCGGAGGGUUGAGGGAACAGGCAGGGAGUGAGAGGAUGAACGGAAAUGAUUUGAGUCUAAUUUUAUCGCUCUUUGCCUGGAGUGUCGACACAUUGUGGAGUCUGGUGAGCGUUUGGCAGCGGAUCAGCGGCGAUGCUGUUAUGGUGCCAACUGAAGUCUGAGCGGCGCAUGUGUUCACUAGCACGGCUCAGACUUCACAAGCGCAAACAAAAAGCGAGUUUGGAGCAAACAAAAGCGUCGUCUGACACCGCCGAUAGGAACGAGCCCGUUUUUUGCUUUCGCGCACUUCAAACGACACUUUCAAUGGAGCAUUACUUUCGGCAACCGAGACUAAAAGCCAGAGAGUCAAAGGGUUGAAGAGACUGUUGAUAUUACUAGCAUGGCAUGGAUACUAGCUCGCACUGUUUUGUAGAUACCGAGCGAUGGAAAGCCCCCCUCACCUCACCGAGGCUGUAUAGUAACACUCGUUUCUUGUGAUGAGUAUGUCAGAGUUUGAAACUGUAACUUUCUGAGAACUAUUGUACUGAAAUGCACUCAAUAAAGACCUUGGAAAAGCUGAAGUCGAGCGAGUGGUAUCUUCAUCCGGAGAGGGCUCUUGAUAAUGAGGCACAGCCGCAGGUCAAACGUGCAGCCGCUCCGCUGCUGUUGUAAAGAGAGUGCGCGUGUGUGGGUUUGCGAGAGCUGUUAAGAGUUUACCGACGCUCUCGAGACCCUCAAAUCUU